AAUUUACUUCAACAUGACUUCAAAUCGUUAAAUAAUUUCUUUCACUGCAGAGAAACCCUUUGAAGAAGAGCUGGUCUCGGCAGUUGUGCAUUUUUGGCGGAGUUGCUCAUUUUAGUGACUGCUGUCUCAGGUUUUACUGAUCAGUGGCUCGAGUUUUGAGGCGGAUCCAGCGGCGGAUGAUCCGUCCGGCGUUUCAGGGGCUGCAGGGACUUGGGACCGGGUUAGAGGAGACACGAAACACGUUAUCUGGGGGGACAGCUCGAUGUUUGAGUGACUGCAGGCACCCCAGGCUGUGCCGGGACACCCCCGGACCUGCCCCCGCCGCCUCCAGCCCCUCAGGGCGCCCUGAGGCGCUGCCCCUCGGCGGGGAGGAGAGCUCCUUCGCAGAGGCAGCGAUGGCGAGCAACGCGCAAAAAUCUGAUGAGAGCGGGAGUAAACGUCAGAGGAUGGAGAAUGAAGCGCCAGAAAAUCCUCAGCUGUCCUUCCCUGACAAAACAGAUCUGGCUCUUUCUGAGGACUCGCAGUCCCUUUACGACACUGAACCACUGGAAAAGGUUUUAAAUGAUAUGAACAAAGAAAUUAUGACCUUGUUAUCAAAAUAUGCUAACAUUAUAAGGCAAGUUAACUUUGUGCUAUUUGUACAGCUUCUUUCUAAAUUCUCUAGAUUUUUUCACUUAAGUGAGACAGCAGCGAUGGAGGCUUCUUGUGUCCAAGAACUGGAAGGAAUCUUAAAAGAAGCGAGGGACAUAGACGAGGACUUAAAGCAGAAAAGGGAGAGUCUGAAACAGAGAUUCACUGUCAUGGCAAACACCCUGCAGGGAUAAAUGGAGUUCACUCAACUGCAGAAGUGCAGAGCCAAACUCAGUCUAUUUUGUGUAUUCAAACAAACCGUGAGGAGUGUUAUGGUGUCUGGUUCUUAGGUAAAUAUUUACGGCACUCCAGGAAACCUUCAACAACUUAAGCAGCGACUUAUACAUAGUUAGUAAAACCAGUUCUUAAUAUCUCUUUUAAAUCCUGUGACUCCAAGGUUUUCAAACACUAAAACAUAAGGAUUUUACUUGUUAACCCAUUGAACAUAGUACGGAAAUUUCCCUAUGAAACACAAAAUUUUGUAAGUGGAAAAGGACCUCAGAUUAUUUAAUUCUAAUCAUUUUCUGGGUUUGUUUUAGUUUUCGGGGUUUUUUCUUUCUACUUUAGAAAAUGUUUUGGUGCUUAAGUCUUUGUAGAAUGUACUUGCAAUGUUAUUUCAGUUUUGUCUCAGAAUACAAACAGGUUGAAGAGAUCAGCUUAGAAAUAGGAGAGUUCUAUUAAGAAAAAUACUUUGGGAAAUGUAUAAAGUCUUAAUUUGAAAAUGCAUUUAACACUUGUACAGCUUUUCAUGGCCAUUUUGAUAUAAACAUUAAAGCACACAAAACUUUGCUGUGAUGUCAAUAAAUAACUAGACAAUAAUAA